GCGGCGGCAGGCGGGCGACGGGGAGAGCGACUCCUUCACCUGGUGUUGCGGCCGCGGCCACCGCCGGCCAGGGGCGCGGAGGGCGCGUAGCCCGCGACAUCUGCCAGGCUCUCCGGCUUCGCCGGUGGUCGGGCGGCGAUGGAGCCGGGGCCCACCGCGCCCUCCUCCUGCGCCCAGAGGCCGGUAGGGCCCGGGGAGACGCCGUCAGCCCCUGCGCUGGCGGCUGCCGAGGUGGACCUGCCCGGCACGGCCGUGCCCUCGGCGCCGGAGGAUGCUGCGGCCGCUAGCCAGGGCGGCGGCGUGGUCCGCGGGGAGGGCGUCGCGGCGGCUGGGGACGGGCUGGGAAGACCUCUGGGGCCCACCCCGAGCCAGAGCCGCUUUCAGGUGGACCUGGUCUCCGAGAGCGCCGGGCGGGCCGCGGCUGCGGCUGCGGCAGCGGCGGCCGGGGCGGGGGGCAAGGAGACCCCCGCGUCCGUAAAGACCAUUGAAGAGAGCGGGCCGACCAAGGGCAGUGAGGAAGCCAAGGGCCGCUUCCGCGUGAACUUCGUGGAUCCGGCUGCCUCCUCCUCGGCGGACGACAGCCUGUCGGAUGCGGCGGGUGUCGGAGGCGACGGACCCAACGUGAGCUUCCAGAACGGUGGGGACACUGUGCUGAGUGAGGGCAGCAGCCUACACUCAGGCGGCGGCGGCGGCGGCAGUGGGCACCAGCAGCACUACUACUAUGACACCCACACCAACACUUACUACCUGCGCACCUUCGGCCACAACACCAUGGACGCGGUGCCGAGGAUCGACCACUACCGGCACACUGCCGCGCAGCUGGGCGAGAAGCUGCUCCGGCCCAGCCUGGCGGAGCUCCACGACGAGCUGGAAAAGGAACCUUUUGAGGAUGGCUUUGCAAACGGGGAGGAAAGUACUCCAACUAGAGAUGCUGUCGUCACGUAUACCGCGGAAAGUAAAGGAGUUGUGAAGUUUGGUUGGAUCAAGGGUGUGUUAGUACGUUGUAUGUUAAAUAUUUGGGGUGUGAUGCUCUUUAUUAGAUUGUCAUGGAUUGUGGGUCAAGCUGGAAUAGGUUUAUCGGUCCUUGUAAUAAUGAUGGCCACUGUUGUGACAACUAUCACAGGAUUGUCUACUUCAGCAAUAGCUACCAAUGGAUUUGUAAGAGGAGGAGGAGCAUAUUAUUUAAUAUCUAGAAGUCUAGGGCCUGAAUUUGGUGGUGCAAUUGGCCUGAUCUUCGCUUUUGCUAAUGCUGUUGCAGUUGCUAUGUAUGUGGUUGGAUUUGCAGAAACUGUGGUGGAGUUGCUUAAGGAACAUUCCAUACUUAUGAUAGAUGAAAUCAAUGAUAUCCGAAUUAUUGGAGCCAUUACAGUGGUGGUCCUUUUAGGUAUUUCCGUAGCUGGAAUGGAAUGGGAAGCAAAAGCUCAAAUUGUUCUUUUGGUGAUUCUGCUGCUUGCUAUUGCCGAUUUUGUCAUAGGAACGUUUAUCCCAUUGGAGAGCAAGAAGCCCAAAGGUUUCUUUGGUUAUAAAUCAGAAAUAUUUAAUGAGAACUUUGGACCAGAUUUUCGAGAGGAAGAGACUUUCUUUUCUGUAUUUGCCAUCUUUUUUCCUGCUGCAACUGGUAUUCUGGCUGGAGCAAAUAUCUCAGGUGAUCUUGCAGAUCCUCAGUCAGCCAUACCCAAAGGAACUCUUUUAGCCAUUUUAAUUACUACGAUGGUUUACGUAGGAAUUGCAGUAUCUGUAGGUUCUUGUGUUGUUCGGGAUGCCACUGGAAACAUUAAUGACACUAUUGUGACAGAGUUAACAAACUGUACUUCUGCAGCCUGCAAAUUAAACUUUGACUUUUCAUCUUGUGAAACCAGCCCUUGUUCCUACGGCCUAAUGAACAACUUCCAGGUAAUGAGCAUGGUGUCAGGAUUCGCACCAUUAAUCUCUGCAGGUAUCUUUUCAGCUACUCUUUCUUCUGCAUUAGCAUCCCUUGUGAGUGCUCCCAAAAUAUUCCAGGCUCUAUGUAAGGACAACAUCUACCCAGCUUUCCAGAUGUUUGCUAAAGGUUAUGGGAAAAACAAUGAACCUCUUCGUGGCUACAUCUUAACAUUCUUAAUUGCACUUGGAUUCAUCCUAAUUGCUGAACUGAAUGUUAUUGCUCCAAUUAUCUCUAACUUCUUCCUAGCAUCAUAUGCACUGAUCAAUUUUUCAGUAUUCCAUGCAUCUCUUGCAAAAUCUCCAGGAUGGCGCCCUGCGUUCAAAUACUAUAACAUGUGGAUAUCACUUAUUGGAGCAAUUCUUUGUUGCAUAGUGAUGUUUGUCAUCAACUGGUGGGCGGCAUUGCUUACAUACGUUAUAGUCCUUGGGCUGUAUAUUUAUGUUACCUACAAAAAACCAGAUGUGAACUGGGGAUCCUCUACACAAGCUCUGACUUACCUGAGUGCAUUGCAGCAUUCAAUUCGUCUUUCUGGAGUAGAAGACCAUGUGAAAAACUUCAGGCCACAGUGUCUUGUUAUGACAGGUGCUCCCAACUCCCGCCCAGCUUUACUUCAUCUUGUUCAUGAUUUCACAAAAAAUGUUGGUUUGAUGAUCUGUGGUCAUGUACAUAUGGGCCCUCGAAGACAAGCCAUGAAAGAGAUGUCCAUUGAUCAAGCCAAAUAUCAGCGAUGGCUUAUUAAAAACAAAAUGAAAGCUUUUUAUGCUCCAGUACAUGCAGAUGACUUGAGAGAAGGCGUGCAGUAUUUGAUGCAGGCUGCUGGUCUCGGUCGUAUGAAACCAAACACGCUUGUCCUUGGAUUUAAGAAAGAUUGGUUGCAAGCAGAUAUGAGGGAUGUGGAUAUGUAUAUAAAUGUAUUUCAUGAUGCCUUUGACAUCCAAUAUGGAGUGGUGGUUAUCCGCUUAAAGGAGGGUCUGGAUAUAUCUCAUCUUCAAGGACAAGAAGAAUUACUGUCAUCACAAGAGAAAUCUCCUGGUGCCAAGGAUGUAGUACUAAGUGUGGAAUAUAGUAAAACAUCAGAUUUAGAUACUUCCAAACAAUCUGGUGAAAAAACUGUUAAAGAUGAGGAAGAGGAUGGCAAGACUCCAACUCAGCCACUGUUGAAAAAAGAAUCCAAAGGCCCUGUUGUGCCUUUAAAUGUAGCUGACCAAAAGCUUCUUGAAGCUAGUACACAGUUUCAGAAAAAACAAGGAAAGAACACUAUUGAUGUCUGGUGGCUUUUUGAUGAUGGAGGUUUGACCUUAUUGAUACCUUAUCUUCUGACUACCAAGAAAAAAUGGAAAGACUGUAAGAUUAGAGUAUUCAUUGGAGGAAAAAUAAACAGAAUAGACCAUGACCGGAGAGCGAUGGCUACUUUGCUUAGCAAGUUCCGGAUAGACUUCUCUGACAUCAUGGUCCUAGGAGAUAUUAAUACCAAACCAAAGAAAGAAAAUAUUGUAGCUUUUGAUGAAAUGAUUGAGCCAUACAGACUUCAUGAAGAUGAUAAAGAACAGGAUAUUGCAGAUAAAAUGAAAGAAGAUGAACCAUGGCUAAUAACAGAUAAUGAGCUUGAACUUUAUAAGACCAAGACAUACCGGCAGAUCAGGUUAAAUGAAUUAUUAAAAGAACAUUCAAGCACAGCUAAUAUUAUUGUCAUGAGUCUUCCAGUUGCAAGAAAAGGUGCUGUGUCUAGUGCUCUCUACAUGGCGUGGUUAGAAGCUCUGUCUAAGGACCUACCACCAAUCCUCCUAGUCCGUGGGAAUCAUCAGAGUGUCCUUACCUUCUAUUCAUAAUCUCUACACAUGGACAGCCUAGUGCCUAGUGAAGUAACUGAGAUCUUCAAUGACACGUUAACAUCACAAUGGCGAACUGUGACUUUUCUUUUACUGUUUCAUUGAUUUGAAAGCACACAGGAAGUUGCUCCAUUGAUAUGUUUAUGGAGACUUCAGUUUUAGUCAAUUCCGUAUCUCAGUCUUAAUGAAUGAGGAUUCCUUGUUGGACUGAAGCUCGUGAGAGGAAAGUUUUCCUUUGCUACUUGAAUAGCAAUAAAAGUGUGUUAUUUUUUGAUUGAUGAAAGGAGUACAAAAGCCUUUAGCCUUGAGGUGCCUUCUGAAAUUAACCAAAUGUCAUCCAUAUAUCCUCUUUUAUAAAUUUAUAAAAUGUCAAACUUUGCCUUCAGCUAUUUUUAUUUCCAGUCUCUUCCACCUUAAAAUAAAAUAGAUGCUUCUUUUCCAUUGACCAGUUAGUGUUGAAUACUGUAUGUUUUCUGUUACUUUUGUAAAGGUAUCUGUUAGAUAUUAAAGGUGAGAAUUAGGGCAGUUAAUGAAAAAUGGGGGAAAAAAGUGGGAACCAAAAAGUGGCCCCAAAGUUAGGCUUUGUAUAAGUAGGUAUAAAUGUAGACCUAGGAAAAAAAGGCCCAAUAUACCUGUUUUUCCUCUCUGAUUGGCUCUUAUUUAUAUCUUUUAUUAUUAUUUCCCAGAACCUUAGGGAAGGUUGAAGAGUUAUCCAGUACUUCUAUAUACCAUGCUGAAAAAUCACGCGUUAUUCUUUAAACAGAAAUCCUCAAGAUUAUUUGAAUUUAUUAGGUCUGUCCUAAUUUAGAGUUUCCCUCAACUCUGAGGGACUUUCAAGAAAUGCUAACAGAUUUUUCUAGAGGAAAUUUAGACAAAGCAAUGCCAUUUAAUAGACCUAUUUCAAUAAACACUAUGUGGAAUUUCACUAUAUUGUACCAUCCUUUAUAAAUCAUUAAAAUACUUAAUGUUCCAUCAAAUGGUUAAAUGGACCACUGGUUUCUUAGUGAAAUAUUUUUAGGCUUAAUUCAUUCAAUUGUCAAGUACACUUGGUCUUAAUAUACUCAGGUUUGAACAGAUUAUUCUGAACAUUUAAAUAUAAUCCAUUCUUAAUACUUUAAAACUUUUGUUUUAAGAAAAACUGCCAGUUUGUGCUUUUGAAAUGUCUGUUUUGACAUCAUAGUCUACUAGUACAAUUUUGACAGUGCAUAUCACUAUUACUAAAAAGCUUUAUACACAGUUAUUAAUGUGAAGUUUUUUUGUUUUUUAUUCAAGGAAGGAUUUCCUAAAAAACAUUUCAAGGGAUAUAUGCCUACGUAUCUGUAUAAAUGUGUGUAUACCUAUAUGCAUACACAGAUGCGUAUGUGUAUAUAUAAUGAAAUUUAUGUUGCUUGUUUUUUGGAAUUUAAAAUGAUCAAGAGUUAUUAGGUUUUUUUUUUUUUUUAGUAAACAUAAGUUCAAAAUUAUAUUAACAGAUAAGGUUGAAUGGAGAACAGAGUUGAUCAUUUGAAGGGCAUGUUGUAACCCCAUGCAGUUAUCAUUCAGGUAGAAAAUGGAGAACGUUUACAUUUCAUCUAAAAUACUGUUCUUUGGGGUAAGUUUCAGUGAUGGAGGAUUUAUGCAGGUUUUCAUGCAUCUUUAUAAAAAUCUAUAAAAUCAUUAUUUAUGUAGUGCAGUAUUUUUGCUGCAUGAGUAUGAAAAAAAUUAAUAUAAAAAUGGAAAUCUGGUAACAAUUUUGGAUUGAGACUGUUAAGAAAAUGAAGUAUUUUUCCAAAAUUUUUUCCUACAUUGUAACUCAUAGCAUUGUUCCAUUUAUUGCAGGUUUUGCAGUGUUUGGGGGUAAAAGACAGUAGAAGUGUUAAUAUUAUUCAAUAAACAUAUAAUUAGUAUCAUGUUUGAACUUUUUAGUGGAUAAUAGGGCAUGAGCUGAGUGCUGCUAUCUUGAAUGUACACAGGUACACUUACUGGUUUUUGUUUUUUGUUUUUUAAGUUUUGCCCAUUGAGGAAAAUAUCAUUGUGAUCUAUAUUACAGGAACCAAAUGUCAUGUGUCUCUACAUACAUGUGUGUAUAAAGUACAUAAAAUAUAUCUAAAUAUGCAUAAUGGGGGUAGGGUAAUAUUGUCUGUGAAAUAAUGUAAGAAGCUUUUCACUUUUUAAAAAAAAAUGCAUUACUUAACACUA